CUUAGUCAUUGCCCCUAUCCUUUUCCUACCAGCUAGACUGUCCUAACAUUCAGGGUUACGGCAAAAUGGCAUUCAACGGCACAUGGCAGGUCUAUUCCCAGGAGAACUAUGAAGAUUUCCUGAAAGCUAUUGCUUUGCCUGACGAUAUCAUCAAAGUCGCCAAAGAUGUCAAGCCAGUCACUGAAAUCCGCCAGACAGGGAACACCUUCGUCGUCACCUCCAAGACCCCCAAUAAGUCCGUCACAAACUCAUUCACACUGGGGAAAGAGGCAGACAUGACCACCAUGGACGGCAAGAAAGUCAAGUGCACAGUGAACCUGGUUGACGGAAAGCUGGUGGCCAAAUCGGAUAAAUUCAUCCACGAACAGGAAAUAGUAGGCAACGAAAUGGUCGAGACUAUAACAUCUGGUUCAGCAACAUUUACCAGGAGAAGCAAGAAGGUUUAAAGCAGAGAGGAUGGAUGCCUCCGUUAGUAGUACAGCUGGCCCUCCAUAUCCACAGAUCCUGCACCUACUAAUUCCACCAUCCACGGCUUUAAAAUAUUUUAAAAAAAUAGCCCAAAAAGCAAACCUUAAUUUGGCCAUAUUCAACAAGCAAUACCACAUUACUCUGCCAUUGUACAUAAUGGGACUUGAGAAUCCAUGGAUUUGGGUGUGGAUACUGAGGUCCCGCUGUUGAUGUUUUUAUAUUUGGAUAAUAAAGAACGCUGUAUAUCAUG